GCGCUGUCGUCUUACAAUGCAGCAUCAAUAUGGCUGGUCGAUUCUUACGCAAGUUUUGUUCGCACAUAGCAUUACCUUUAAAACACUCUUCGACGAUUUUAACACCAAGAACUACAUCUGUAUUUUUACCUAAGAAUGUUUGUUUACGGAUGGCUGGAACAUCUUCGUCAAAAGCGAAGGAGAAAAGAGAAAUGGUGACAAUAAAUUUCAUUGAUCGUGAUGGAGACAAGGUGACAGUGAAUGCAAAGGUUGGAGACAGCUUACUGGAUGUUGCAAAAGACAAUGAUGUAGAUUUAGAAGGUGCUUGUGAGGGUACCCUGUCUUGCUCCACCUGUCAUCUCAUAUUUAAACCGGAUGAAAUGGAUAAAUUAAAAUUGGAUGAACCGUCAGAUGAGGAACUUGACAUGUUGGACUUGGCGUAUGGACUAGAAGACACGUCUCGUCUUGGAUGUCAGAUCAUUGUCGCUAAGAACUUUGAAGGAAUAACCGUGAGAGUUCCAACAGCUCACCGAGAUAUUCGUGAUCUCUGACAGAUCCCAUGUACAAGACUAAGAAGUACUUGUACUGUGAAAUUUAAUAUUUGUAUAUAUAUACAUGUAAUUGUUAUUUCGCACAAUUCACGGCCAAAUGAACGGUCUCUCUUACUUGGUAAAGUGAUUCAGGGGAAGAAAUCAUACCAACUAACCAGUACCCAUGUCCUAAUAACGUUUAAGAUAGUUUAUGAAAGUCCAAAGAGAUGCUGACAAUAUUUCACAUGGUAUCACGUCAAUAUUACCAUCACAGUGCAACCACUGAAAGAAUAGGACCUUUUUCUUCUGUACAGAUUAUUUUUUUGUGAGGUAAAUCGUGAAGUUAUCACAAUUGAAUAUGAUCAUCAUUCUCAGAUGUGCAGUAUUCAUGCUGAGCAUGAACCGGUCACAGUAGAAUGUCCUUGAAAAGAUGCAUUAGUAAUUACAUACUAGUUCCCUUUGGUAGACGGUGAUAAGUUUGGGUCAUUCUCUUGAAAUUGAGAUUGUCAGUGGUAACAGAAUAAUACUUCGUUUUCCACUAGCUCUCUGGUAAAUGAGGCUCAGCCUGUAACUUCAUUCACAGUUUUUGCUAUGGUAAAAUGUAAAAGCAGACUGUUUUUCAAGGUCUUUCUUUCUGAUCAAGGAGCAGUCUAUUUGACCAAACAGUGACGGCCAGUGGGUGGAAACUACCAUCGUUCAGGGUUUUUUUCUUUAAUGUACUGUUUUGGGACAACCUGACAAUACGCUAGAAAUGUAAUGGACUUGAAUUCCAUCCUUGGUGAAUGGCUAAAGUAUAGUAGCGAAAUAGUAUACAAGGUAGAAGUAUACUUGUCGGUGCUUCGUGGCACAGCAAGCAGUGAUCAGUGCCGAGAUUUCUGAGCCAUUAUGUACAGUACGUUUAAAGGGGCACUAUCAUGGCGAGUUUGCUGCAUUGUGCUAAAAUUAGGACUAAGUACCUUAGCUCGUACAUGAAAUGGUUGUACAACACCAUGAUGAAGACAUGAAUUGUUAAAGGACCUACGUCACGGUUUGCGCAUAUUGAAAAGUUUAGUCUCAAUUUUUCAAAUUCGUUGAUUGUAAUCCGUGUUAAUCU